GAAGUAUCAUUGUGACAAUAGAGUCAUUCACAAAAAAAUUAAAAAUUAUGUAUGUUUUUUUUUUAUUAAGUGUAAGUAAUAUCAAUGUCGAUUACACUUUAAAAAGUAAUAUUUCAUACGUAUUUAUCAAUCAGUAAUUAAUUAAAAGUCAUUAAAAAUUCGAAAAAUGUCACGUGCCUUCAAACGUGAUAUGAUUGGUCGAAGAUAAUGUGACGUCACGAUAUAUGACAUAAGUCACAUUGUUUUAGGUGGCUGCAUGCAAACACGUUAUGUAACUAAUUAUUUUUAUUACAUACAUUGUUUCUUUAAUUGGCAUUUCGAUGAAGCGAUCUGAGGGCUUCGUGCAAGCAAAAUCGGACAAUUUACCAAAAAUGACAGUGGUAAUGUUGUCCGAUUUUUUUACUCAAAGUGAGUGUUUCAACAUCGCAGAGACUACAGGUGUUAAAGCUGAAAGAUCUAAACGUGAAGAAUAUGGAGAUAAUGCCAUUGGAUAUGUUGAGCUGAAACGAGAAGGCUCAAUAUGCACUGUUCGAGGAAAAAUAUGUCCAGAGCAUAAAAUUCGAAGUAAACCUUAUACAGUUUUUCUUAAGAUAGAUGAAGAGACUGAAGAAAUUAAAGAAGCUGUUUGUCAUGAUUGUGCCGCUUCUGCGGGUGGUUGUAAGCAUGCUAUUGCUUUUAUGAUGUGGGUUCAUAGGAGAAGUGAAGAACCAGAACCAACAGCAACAAUAUGCUAUUGGAAAAAAUCUAGAUUAGCUCAAGUAGGAAUUAAUAUAAAGUGUAUUACAACAACAAAAAUGAAAAAGCCACAAAUGAAAUAUAAUUUUGAAAACGCUGAUAAUUUUUUUGAUAAAAUCUUGCAUGAAAUGCAGAUUUUGCAGUUCACUAGUCAGAUAUCUAGACAUUUAAUUUCUUUAGAAAUAUGUAAUAAUUUAUCACUGCAUCAGUUAUUAAUACAAUUUGCUAAAACUCAAGGAACAAGUGCAGAUGACUUUUUGGCCUUUUCUAAACAAUUAAUGUCUAUCAAACAGUGUAUUGAAGUAGCUCAAGAAACAAAAUUACAAUCUAAAUCUAAACUAUGGAUGGAAAUGAGAUACGGUCGUAUUACAGCAUCCAGAAUUUAUGAAGUUGCUCAUUGUAAAACUGAACGAGGCACAUUAGUUGAACAAAUAAUUGGAGCAGCUAAAAUUAUAGAGACUGAAGCAAUGAAAAGAGGAAAAGAUUUAGAGAAAAAGGUGCCUCUCCUGAUGGCAUUGGUCCUGAUUUUGUCGUAGAAAUAAAAUGUCCUACAACAUCAAAAGCCGAAUUGAAAUAUAUUACAGCAGAACAGAAAAUAUGUAAUAGAUAUUUGGCUCAAAUACAACUUCAAAUGUUUAUGUCCAAAAUGAAGAAAGGAUAUUUUUGUAUGGCUAGACAUAAUUUCG